CCUGGCUUCUGAGGCUCUGCCGCCUCGGGGACUGGGCGCUGGGUUUCCGCUAUAGGACUCUAGCAGUUCAGGUCCUCUGGCCAGUGGCUGGGUUCGAGAUGGCAUCGGACUCGGGGGACCGUGCGGCUGCUUGCACGCUGGAGUUCGCCGUGCAGAUGACCUGUCAGAGCUGUGUGGACGCGGUGCGCAAGUCCCUGCAAGGAGUGGCAGGUGUCGAGAGUGUAGAGGUGCAGCUGGAGAACCAGAUGGUCCUGGUGCAGACCACCCUGCCCAGCCAGGAGGUGCAGGCCCUCUUAGAAGGAACGGGGCGGCAGGCGGUACUCAAGGGCAUGGGCAGCGGCCUUUUGCAGAAUCUGGGGGCAGCAGUGGCCAUUCUAGGGGGACCUGGCCCUGUGCAGGGGGUGGUGCGCUUCCUACAGCUAACCCCUGAGCGCUGCCUCAUCGAGGGAAGCAUUGACGGCCUGGAGCCUGGGCCACACGGACUCCACGUCCAUCAGUUCGGGGACCUCACAAGGAACUGCAACAGCUGUGGGGACCACUUUAACCCCGAUGGAACAUCUCACGGGGGCCCCCAGGACGCUGACCGGCACCGCGGAGACCUUGGGAACGUCCAUGCCGAUGCUGACGGCCGAGCCAUCUUCAGAAUGGAGGAUGAGCAGCUGAAGGUGUGGGAUGUGAUAGGCCGAAGCCUGGUCAUCGACGAAGGAGAAGACGACCUGGGCCGCGGUGGCCAUCCCUUAUCCAAGAUCACAGGGAACUCAGGAAAGAGGUUGGCCUGUGGCAUCAUCGCACGCUCCGCCGGCCUUUUUCAGAACCCCAAGCAGAUCUGCUCCUGCGACGGCCUCACCAUUUGGGAGGAGCGAGGCCGGCCCAUCGCUGGCGAGGGGCGAAAGGAGCCGGCCCAGCCCCCUGCCCACCUCUGAGCAGGGCCUCAGCCUCAGGUCCAGUACUGCCCUCCCAGCUGAAUUCUACCCUGUGGCAGGGGAGGAAGGGAGGCCCUGCUUGUUCAGUCCGGGAAGUGGGGAUUCAGGGUGUGCGGGGAAUGCUGUAAGGCUCCCUUGGCCAAUUAAAGUUUUAUUUUCACAUUGAA